GGCCUCCACAGGCUUCAAAAACGCUACUUUGCCGCCCAAACCACGACCCUCAGACUCAUCAACGUCGUCGUCCCCAUGGACCUGCAGAAUUCCGGGCUCGUCAAGCUAGGCUUGGGUGUCCUCACGUGCAACUCGGCGCUUACUAUCUACAGCUCCUGGGGCGAGGACGCGGCCUCCGUCACGUUCGUGCUCGUCGCCGACGCCGCCCUCGCCCUCCUCUUCCUCUGCCUCCGCGAGCUCGAGCGCCGCGGCGGCGGCGGCGGCCAGGCACGCAGGGGCAGGGGCAGGACCAAGGCCGCGGUGUGGGCGCUCUCCACGCUGCUCACGGCGAUUUUCGCGGCGAGGGUGGCCCCGCUCAUGCCGCCGCCCGUGGGCGCCCUGGUCUGGGCCGCGGCCGUGGCUACGGCCGCCGGCGGGUUCUGGGCGAUCUUCCUCAACUAGCCUAGUAAAUUCGAUUCGUCGUCGCAGCCGAACAUUAAUAUAAUAUUUGCAUUUUUCCAGUCCCGUUGCAUUGGUUACUCGAUCUUUCGACACAGUUGGUCUGUCUGUGAGCUACCGUGUAUGCAGAAUGCUAUUGCUUCGUCGCAUCUUUUUUUUUUUUGAAAAUUAAGGCAGGAGCACUGCCAAUUCAUUUAAGAGGAAGCAAGCUGUUCAAAGA